CUCAUCAACAAUUGAUUAAGCUAUGCAGUGGCAGAGAAAAUUUGCUUAAAAGUGAGGUACCCCUUAGCUUCUUCUCUUGGAGUGUCUGAAAAUGGAGUGUAACAAACUACUGUAUAUAUAUAGACCCAGGCAUUCCAUUUUCAUAAUUUCAAGCAAUCAUCAGUGAAAGAAAAUGGGUUGUUGUUCUAUGGGAGGUGGUUGGAGAAACUGGGUUUUGGUUUUCUGGGUGUUGCGGGUGAUGGCAGUAGGGGUGGGGGAGGGUGUAGGGGCGAAUUGGGGAACGCAGGCGACGCAUCCCCUGCCGCCUGAUACAGUGGUGAAGCUGCUGAAGGAGAACGGGAUAGAGAAGGUGAAGCUGUUUGAUGCAGACGGUGAGAUUCUAAGGGCUCUGAGAGGGUCGGGGCUGGAGGUCAUGGUGGGGAUCCCAAAUGACAUGCUCUACCCUCUGGCCACCAGCGUGGCUGCCGCGGAGAAAUGGGUGGAGAAGAAUGUCUCCUCUCAUGUCUCUUCAAACAGUGUCAAUAUCAGGAAGGUAUGUUGCAGUAGGAAACGAACCCUUUUUAUCAGCCUACAAUGGGACCUUCCUUGCAACCACAUUCCCAGCUCUCCAGAAUGUGCAGGCAGCACUGAUAAAAGCCGGUCUGGGCAGUAAGGUGAAAGUGACCAUCCCUCUGAACGCUGACGUGUACGGGAGCUCAACUGAAAAACCUUCCACUGGUGACUUCAGGCAGGACAUCCGCGACCUCAUGCUGCGCAUUGUCAAGUUCUUGAAUGACAAUGGGGCGCCCUUCACCGUCAACAUAUACCCGUUCAUAAGCCUCUUCAACGACCCCAACUUCCCGGCAGACUAUGCCUUCUUUGAUGGCUACUCCAAUCCCAUAAAUGACAACGGAAAGACAUACACCAAUGUGUUUGAUGCAAACCAUGAUACCUUAGUCUGGGCGUUGCAGAAGAACGGGUUCCCAAACAUGUCCAUCAUCGUUGGGGAGAUUGGGUGGCCCACGGAUGGGGAUAUCAACGCAAACGUGAAGUAUGCACAGAGAUUCAACCAAGGAUUCAUGACACAUAUCUUAGGAGAAAAAGGAACACCUAUGAGACCAGGGCCCGUAAACGCAUACCUGUUCAGCCUUAUUGAUGAGGAUGCCAAAAGCAUCAAGCCAGGUAACUUCGAGCGCCACUGGGGGCUAUUUAACUUUGACGGGACACCAAAAUACAAUCUCAGCCUUGGUCACACAAAUUCUGCAGGCCAAGUUCUAGUACCCGCAAAUGAUGUUCAUUACCUUCCUCAAAGGUGGUGUGUCAUGGCUUCCACAGCAAGUCUUGAAAACCCUCAUAUAGCUGACAGCGUUGGGUAUGCGUGCUCACAUGCGGACUGUACCAGCCUUGGGUAUGGGACAUCCUGUGGAGACCUCGACUCCCGGGGCAACAUUUCUUAUGCAUUUAACAGUUACUAUCAGGAGAACAACCAGAUGGCCAGCGCUUGCAAGUUUCCUGGCCUUUCAGUUAUCACAAACACCAACCCAUCAACAUCUACCUGCAAGUUUAAAGUCAUGAUUCAGACUGCUAGUCCUGCAGCUAGUUAUAGAAAUAGUGCUACACCACACCCUCAAAAUAUGGUUCUUGUGGUAUUUAUUUCUCUUUUCAGUUUUGCAUGCUUUAUUUGAAACACUAUAAUUUGAGAACUUGUUCCAACUUCCAACAACUUUAUUAUCACUACUACUGUUAUAGUGAGUCAUAGU